UUUUUAUCUAUUUCUGAAAGUCUUUUUGUGGUUGUGUUUUGUAAAGGUGGUAUUUUUCGUUUUUGUUUUUUUGCGGUAAGAUGAGCAAAAAACACGACGCAUCCGAAGAAAGUCACCGGCCCAGCUUUGCCGGCAACGGAAACGAAGGUGGUUGCUUGAAACCAGCCGAUGUGCAUUACUGGAGGAGUCGGUGUGUCGCGCUGGAGCGACAGGUGGCCGAAUUAAAGGCUGCCGCGAAAGAUGCAGUUCUUGUUUCCAAGAAGUAUGAAGAACUGCAUAGCGCAGUACAGGUCCUCCAGGAAAGAACGCUACGUCUCGCAAUGAACACGAAGGAGAACAUCUACGACGAAGUAGAACAGGAAGACACUUCGGGUGCCAAUUUUUCCGCCAGCGAGGAUGAGUGGACUCCGGAGAAAACGAAAGAGCCCGCCAAAAAGCCGGCUGAAACGAAAAAGGCAAAGGGUAAACCGUCCGCGACCGCCAAGAAACCAGUGAUUCCCACGGGCCCUAUUCGGGUGUCGCGCAGAAUAGCGGCAAAGAAAGGUGUCGAGCUGCCUGAUGACAUGAAUUAACAUGUUGCCGCACCGGCGAGAGAGAUUGCGAACGAAAGUUCCGAUGAAGAAACGGACGAGGAAGGGCGGAAAGAAACAAAACGGAAAGCAAAGCGCAAGAGCAACGCGAAACGGGCUCCUGCUAAACGGCAGAUGCAGAAAUGUUCCGUCGAAGAUGAACCAAUCAAGCUGACGACGUUUACGGUGGAGCAACUGUAUCGGAAGUAUCGGCCGGAUCUAUCACAUCCGUCAGUGGCGCCGGCGCAACCAAGUACCUCGAAAGCAGCAUCAAAGGUUGCCACACAACCGAAAGCGAAAGAUGGUGACGAUGAAUCGCAGAGUAGCGGCGAUUCCUGGUUGAUCCAGGUGAGCUCGAUUUGAGUUCGGAGUUCUUUCGUCCAACGAAACAGGAACGGGAACAGCGCCAAGCGGUGGAUCUGUUCUUUGGCCGAUCUAUCUACGGAGCUGUGUUUACACGCUCCGGCAAGCGCAAACGGUCCGCAUGCACGAACAACCGAUACAGAUAUCCGCGGAACGCCCAUCAGCAAACAGCGAAAGAUGAGUACCGUAUCGUUUUCGAGCCAGUUGCAAUCUUCCAACGAGAGCGUUACGAAUGAAACGACCAACAGCAGCGGCACGGGUCCACACUGCACCUGCACGGGUAAUUGCUCAACAAUGCGUUGCUGCUGCCGAAAGUCUGACCUUUCCUGUCAGUCCAAUUCUUAUAAGUGCCCGGUAACCUGUGCCAACGAGGCGCUUGAUUCGUACUCGGAAGGCACACCGUCAGAUAAGGAGGAUGAAAAGGAGGACGAAAAGGAGAACACGUUUAACGCGUCUGAUGAUGAUGAACUGGAAGUAGGAAGCUACUGGAGAAGCUCUACACUCUUCAGCAGAACAAAAUGGACCGCAGAAAUGGACAUUCUAACGUACGUGUCGACGCACAGAAAACUGAAACCCCUGCUCAGUGACUAAUCCCUCUUACAGUCGAGAUCAAUGUAUAUUGCAUAUUUAUUGUUAAUAGUUACCUAUGUUUGAUUGUUAAUGACAAUAUCGUUUUCAUGUUUAACUUUAAUAAAGCACUGAUUUUUGACUACU